CAGACACGGACAACCACGAGCAAAGCUGACACAUGUCGCUCUCCAGGACUGGCGCGUUUGGCUCGAGAAUGACGGAAAGGUCGUCUCCUUCUGACACGAUGUCCCCGUGUAUCCGAUCCCCAACGACAAGCGCAUCAUCAACAUGGUCGUCGAGAUCCCCCGCUGGACCGACGGCAAAAUCGAGAUCAAGCGCACCGAGCCGAUGAACCCAAUCUUCCACGACGACAAGGACGACCUGCCCCGUUUCGUCGAGAGCGUCUGGCCGCACAAGUCGUACCCGUUCCUGUACGGCUCGAUCCCACAAACUUGGGAGAGCCCGAACUUCAACCACGACUUCACCAACUUUCCGGGCGACAACGACCCGAUUGAUGUGUUUGAUAUCGGUCUUGACCCCGGCUACGUCGGCCAAAUCAAGCAGGUCAAGAUCCUCGGCGGUCUUGCGCUGGCUGAUGGCGAAGAAACGGACUGGAAGAUCCUUGCCAUUGACACCAACGACACUCUUGCGGGGUUGGUCAACUCGCUCGAGGACCUUGAGAAGUACCGCCCCAACCUCGCCCAGACUUUCUAUGACUGGUUCACCGUUGGCUGGGAUACUUCCAAGCGUCUCUCCUCUCCUAACCACUCAGUGCAUAAACAGUACUACAAGGUCGCCCGAGGUGACGACCUGAUCCCUAUCAUCGGCAACGCUUACCAGGACGCCGUGUUCAUCGAGGACGUCGUGGCCGAGGGCCACGGUUACUGGGCCGAGUUGGUCGCGGGCACCGUCGACACGGGCAAGAUCAACUACAAUCAGACCUCGGACCCGUUGCUCAAGGACAGCUACGUCACGGCCUGCGAGGUCAGCGGCAAGCUGGGAAUCCCGCACGAGAGCAAUGUCUUGCCUGCCGCGGCCAAGCCGGCCAAGUACGACCACUGGUAUUACCUGGAUGAGAACCGCAAGCUGAUUGAGAUCUGA